AAGGCACGAUGAGGAUGCUCCUCGUGCUGCUUCACGACUUUCCAGAGUUCCUGUGCGACUACCAUUUCGCCUUCUGCGACCUUGUGCCCAUACCGUGCGUUCAGAUCCGCAACCUCAUCCUGUCCGCGUUCCCCAGGGACAUGCGGCUCCCAGAUCCGUUCGAGCCGAACCUGAAGGUGGACAGGCUGCCAGAGAUCACCAAGAACCCCGUAAUUCCCACGGACUACCAGAGCACCUUGCUGCAGCAUGGGCUCAAGGCAGACGUGGAUUCCUACAUGCGCACGCGCGACAUGCGGUUGCUCGACACCAUCAAGGACAAGCUGUGCCUGUCCGAGCAGGAGAGGGUGGCCAUGCAGCUCGAGUCGCCGUACAACGUACCACUGCUGAACGCCCUGCUCCUGUACGUGGGCGUGAGCCUGCCCAACAAGCAGGGCGGCGCCUCGCAGGAGCCCCGCAGCCCCUACCCCCUGGCCCUCGGCGACCUCGGGGGGCACCUCGCCCUGGCUCGACGCCUCUCCCGAUCCGUGGACUCCGACCGGUGA